AUGAAAAAGCAGCCACAUUUGUGGAUUCAGGAGAUGACAGCCGACAAAAACUGCAUAGCGGCGAUCAUUGUAAAGGGUUUUGUGCCUGAACAGGUUUUCAACACUGUUGAGACUGGCUUGUUUCACAGAGACACUGUGACCAGGUGGAAUCUUCCACUUGCAUCAGCCACCAAGAGGGAAGAGUGCCUCCCAGGAGCCUGGGUCCACCUGGUCCACACAAUCCUCUCAUUCCUUCCUCGCUUUACUGCAAUCUGCAAUCCUCUGAGAUACACAUCCCUCCUGACUAACAAUAGAGUCAUUCAUUUCAUGGUGGCCAUUUUGAUGAGGGCAGCUUUGUCCAUUCUCCCUGUCAUCAUUCGCCUGAAGUUCUUCCAUUACUGCCGCCCUCACAUCCUCUCCCACUCUUUCUGCCUGCACCAGGACCUGCUCCGGCUCGCCUGCUCUGACAUCCGCUUCAACAGCCUUUAUGCCUUGGCUCUGGUGAUCUGUACCUUGUUGUUAGACGCUGUGCUUAUUCUCAUCUCCUACGUUUUCAUCUUGCACACAGUGCUGGCAAUUGCAUCCCACAAGGAGAGGCUCAAGUCCUUGCAGACCUGUGUGUCCCACAUCUGUGCUGUCCUGGUCUUUUACAUCCCCAUCAUUGGCCUCACCAUGGUGCACCGCUUUGGAAAGCAUCUCUCCCCUUCGGUCCAUGUCCUCAUGGGCAAUAUCUAUAUUCUCUUUCCACCCCUGAUGAAUCCAAUCAUCUACAGUGUAAAGACCCAGCAGAUACGAAGCAGGAUGAAGAAGUGGUGUUCCCUGAAAAUGUAG